AUGUCUCAGUUCUUUGGAUUCUCCUGGACAACUCCCCACAGCUUCAUCAAGAGCUUUCGGGAGGAAAGUCCACGCUCCAAAUACAUCAAUGACUUGGUGGAGCGCAUCAGUUCCGAGAUAGGGAGCGGAACCACAGUUCUCUUGCAGGAGACCCUCAGAAAUUAUAUACAUCCUUGCAACAUGGACCUGGCCCUCACCACCAUCAACCUCAUGCGGUUCCCCUUCAACACAACAUCGCCUCCUGGGAACGACUACAGAAACCUCCGAUAUAGACGCACCAUCACAUUGACUGAGUCGUGGAACAUUGCUGGGUAUCUCACCGAAGUCUUGAGCAACGGGAAGAGACUCCACGAGUUUCUUGAAUUAGCGGAUCAAGUCAACCAACUUGCCUUCAUCUUCGCCUCAGUCAACCACCCGGAAUACUACUGGUUUAAAAUGUUCUAUCUGUACUCUACGGCCAGCACAAGAGAUGUGAUUCUAUUUCUGGUUAAUAUGAUCCGCCGUCGAAUGUUGCAAGCUAUCAUUCGGAACCCGCCUGAGCCCAGCAAGCAUUUUGGCUCCACGAGUUAA